AAGGCCAGCCUAGCUGCUGCAGCAAGGCAAGACAGAGCAAGGGCCCGAUCUACUAACAACAACAACACUGCUGCUGCUGCUGCUGCAGAGGCUUUGCAUUAUCUACCACAGUCACCGACAUGCACGCGACCAACAAGCGACGAACCAUGAAGCAAAUGCACCAGCGGCAGGCAAUUCGGAUGCCGAUGCAAUUGGACCGAACUCGCGCCAUGUCAACGCUCUGGCGUGAGUGAGUUCGUGAUGAAAGGGAGUUGACAUGGUUCGAUGCUCUCUCUCUCUCUCUCUCUCUCUCUCUCUCACACACACACACACAACUCACGGACAGGCUCGAGGGGGCGGUUGCCUUUUGUGGCAGAAGGUGCUAGAAGGAAUAAGGCCAACCCAAAAGAAGCGUGACUGGAUUGAUUGAGUCGCAUGCACACUCACUCACUGACUCGCGAACUGUGCACGAAGCGCAAUUUAUUUUAAUGCGCAUCUCGGAUUCUCUCGCCCCUUCGCGUCCAGGCAGUGCGAGAUGAAGAGAGCAAUCGAGGGCGAGCAUAUUUGCUCGAGACAUGACAGAUAAUGGAUUGACAAAAGAGGCUAAGCAGCUGAUUGAUGCCCGCAGCCCCAUCCACCAUCCUGCCUGCCAUCCAUCCAUCCAUCAAUCAAUCCAUCAAUCCAUCAAUCAAUCAAUCCAUCAAUCCAUCGAUCCAUCGCACAGGCCCUGCCUGGGAGUGGGAGUGGCUUGGGAGGCUUGGGAAGCUUGGGCAUGGGAUUCGGCUUGGGCUUGACCUUGACGUAGGCAUGGCUGGAAUGGCCCUUCACAAAAUCCGAGAAGCCCGGCGGGCGGAGUUCCGAGAAGCUUGAUUGAUUGAUCGAUCGAUCGAUUGUUUGAUUGAGGGAGUAAUUUAGUCAUCGAGCAGGACAGGAUUGCGAUGGCAUCCGUCAUCAGAGUCUACGUUCAGACCAUGUGGAUUGUAACAUCCCCCAACUUGCAGCCCACCGGAGCACAGCAGGAAGCCUCGCGCUGGCCUUCUCGCCUCGUCAAGUUGGACACUGUCCCCCCGAAUGCUCCCAAUCGAGCGAGAGGACUAUUUUGUCCCGACGCUGCUUGCGACCUUGCGCUUCUCGUCAUGAUGUUGACCGAUGUCACUCUCUCUCCUGCUCCCCCUGCGAGGUGUCCAUUCUCCAACCUCGACAGAAAAUUAGGCACCGCUUCCCCUUCUUCCCCACCCCCAAAGUUGGGAGAUAAUGGAUGGAGCCUCUUUCUCGGUGCCGACCUUUCUACGAAGCAUCGCAAGCUAACUGCUCACCCUUUAAUUCAUACAACCUCUCUCUUCGACGGGGAAGGGAUCGUAUGUCCAUUGAAUUUGGAGAUUUGGAUUCUCAAUUUGGAGAUUUGGCUUGCCUACUUUUCAAUAACGCUCGCAACUUCUGCCUCGGGGAUCUCGAGUUUCGAUCCUUUGGGUGUGCAAGGAGAGAGAGAGCGAGAGACUCGGAGACGACGACGAUCAGAAAGAGGGCUCGUGGAAAGACAAAAAGUCCAGUCACCACUUGGACGUCUUCCUCAUCCGUUCACUCCUCGGCCACAGAAGUCUCCUCAUUCUACUAAGACCGAAUUCAAAGUUGACGAACAUGUCAAGAAGAAGAAGAAGAAGAAGCUCAGACCCGAGGAGGAGGAGGAGGCCAAUGCCAGCGUGGCUGACUCAGGACUCUUCAUCAUUGACAUGGACGCUUUGGAUGAAAUGAAAUGA